UUCCCAACCACUUUGGUAUAUUUUUGGGUAUAAAGAGUGGUAGAAGAGAGAGUGAUGAAGAGCAGAGAAAUAUGGCAACAGCAACAGUAACUUUAGGUGGCAUCACUGAUGUGCCUGGAGCUGCCAAUAGCGUGGAGAUCGCAAAUCUGGCUCGCUUUGCCGUUGACGAUCACAACAAAAAGCAGAAUGGAGUUUUGGAGUUUGUGAGAGUGAUAAGUGCAAAACAGCAGGUGGUGAGUGGGAUCUUGUACUACAUAACCUUGGAGGCCAAAGAUGGUGAAACCAAAAUGGUGUAUAAAACCAAAGUGUGGGUGAGGGAAUGGUUGAACCCCAAAGAGGUGCAAGAAUUCAACCUCGUCACUGAUUCAGCAAUAGAAACAAAAGACGGUGGAGUCGGCGAUGUUGCUGUUUGAUCCUCUUUCGGUCUCAUAAUAGCACUUAGAAAGGUGAAAGUUUCAGCACAUAUCUGAAGACUGCUUUAGUAUGCAUGUGUGGUAUAAAUAAAUGUAAUUAAUGCUACCUACGAUGUAUGGGGUGCAUGAAGUCCACUACAAAUAAAUGUUAUAUAUCAUAGAAUUAUAACUAAUGUUGCGGAUUAUGUAUUUAUGUGCGUAUUAUUAAGCUUAUUGUGUGUAUUAAUUUGUUUGAA